GCAAGCAUUCAGAUUGGUCACACACUAGUUUUAGUUACAGUACAGCUUUUUCCAGUUUCUGGAAAAGCAAAAGCUAUUGUUGACUAUUUAAAAAACCCAUCAUCCAGUACGAGUUGAAACAAUGGAACAGAACUAAAUUAUAGGACUUGGAAAAUGGUUAAUUUUGAAACUCCGUAUACCACUGCCUAAUUAUUGGAUCAGAAAACUGGAGGAGGAACAAGUACUAUAAAGUGAAUACAUGUGAGAGAACCAACCAUCUGAGCUCUGAUUAUGAAUGAGGCAGUGAUCUCAAUGAGAAAGUCUAUUGUCGAAAGCAGAGGAAGAGGUUAGAGAUGGAGUUUCGGAUGCCAUCCUUUCUUGAGGCUUUGCUACUUUUCUUCGGAGUUACGUUGGCAAAGGUAACCAUGGAGCCAAAGGAAGGUAGCAUUGGCGGUGGAACUUGGAUCACACUGAGAUAUGAGGGCCUCUCAUAUCCCAUCAAUUGGUCUCACCUGGAAGUGUCGUUCUUGAAUUCAGUGCUGCCUACAGUACUGUGUGACAUUCAGCCUGUCAGUUUUGAUCUGUCCAUCACAAAAUGCCAAACAAGGGCCUCACAGUGGGGAGGACUUUACCAACUCCAGUUCACUCUGAAUGGGCAAAUUAUCAACAACACGAAGGAGUUGCACUGUGACAACUGCACAUUUCAGUUCUCUGUUGCACACACUCCUGUGGUCUAUCGUGUGGACCCUCCCUAUGGAGUCCCAGGAAAUGUAAUGCAAGUCUAUGGUCUUAUCCUGGCCCAAGAAUUUGAUGCCUACAGCUUUAACACAGAUUUUAUUGAUGGCCCUGUUAUCCUUGAGGCAGAAAGAGAUGGAUGGAUAACCAUUUGUUCCCUUGCCAAUAAGCAGAUGCGCAGCACAUAUCCCAUUCAAGUCGAUCACGGUCUGGGAACUGUAGCAUGCCGAGUGGAAGGGAACCAUAUUGGGUCACAUAAUGUUAGCUUUACAGUGUUUAACAAAGGAAAGUCAGUGGUGAACAAGGAUGCUUGGCUUAUCAGCGCAAAACAGGACCUUUUCCUGUACCAGACAUUCUCAGAAAUAUUUUCAGUGUCUCCAGCUGCAGGGAGCCUGGGUGGUGGCACCGAUCUCACCAUCACAGGAGACUUCUUUGAUACACCUGUGCAGGUCACAGUUGCAGGCAGUCCCUGCCAAAUUAAGCACGUUAUUCCACGAAAGAUCAUCUGUACAACUGGAGCCGUUGGUGUGCACAGAAGACUCAAUGGCCCUAAACCAGGAAACAGAGGGCUUCUUUUUGAGGUUUGGGAUGGAUCAGACACAGAUUUUACUGAAACAGCUCCUGGGUACCGCUGGCAGUUUGUCCCUAAUGCCAGUUCUCCAUUAGAUUUCCAGUUUGGGAGGCAACAGACAUUCAGGGCACGACUAUAUGGUUUUUUUGUGGCACCACAGACAAAUAAUUACACAUUCUGGAUCCAGGCAGAUGACAAGGCUUCUUUGUAUUUAAGCCUUUCCAAAGACCCCCAAAGCAAGGUGGAAAUUGCAUCUAUUCCUGCUGGCAUUCCUGAAUGGUCAGCGCAUUGGGAGGAGAACUGGAGCCAUCCCUGGAAGCCAAAAUCUGAGAAAUUUGAGCUUACUGGUGGUUCAGUGUACUAUCUGGAAGCUGUGCAUCAUGGGAAGUCGCCAAAGAAUGGAAUGAGAGUUGGAGUCCAGAUUCACAAUACUUGGCUGAAUCCCAGUGUGGUUAAUACCUAUCACAGAGAGAAGCACAAAAUACAUGCCUGUGCAGUUAGGCUUCCUGAAAUACAGAUGCUGAUACUAUCUGGUACAGGAUGGUUCAGACUUUCCUGGGACAAUGUCACCACCAACCUUAUGUCAACAAAUAUUACAGCUGAACAACUCCAGAGAGAGCUAGAGGAUCUUCUUUCUUUAAAAUGUGAAACACAGCCAUCAUCUGCCAAAAUUAUUCUGUGGGAAGGAUUUGAGCAAGUUUUUCAAAGAGAGCCAAAGCCAGUUUGUCCUCAUGGGAAUCUUGUGGAAUCCGUGUCAGUGGUCAGUGCUUCGCCUGUAUAUAAUGUGUCCUUCUUAAUGGCAGACUAUUGCAAGACUCUACCUCUUUUCUCGUUGAGAGGAGCUGUGCCUUGGGAAGGAUCAGGAGGGAACGUGGGUGAGGCCCAAGUCAAUCUGACCGUACAAAGAGUGCAGGCUGCAAGUCCACCUCUUGGAGGAACCUUUCAAAUUCAUCUGCCCAAUACUGUGAUACCAGGCAUUCCAGUAUCCAUCUCUGCCCAUCACCUCCGCAAGCUCCUGCAAGCCUACAGUGAUAAUUUCACAGCUCAGUAUGUGAAUGCCAGUGACUUUUCGGUAUCUAAGGACGCAAGCAAUUGUUAUCAAAGUAUAUGGACACUGACCUGGACCUCAAUGAUUGGUGAUUUACCCAAUUUCAUCAGUGUGUCUGCUGAAAACCUCACUGGUUUGCGCCCAGCUAUUACACACCGUGUAGUUUUUGAUGGUGGUGUUUUUAUUGGUCCAAUAUUUGGAGACAUGCUUGCAACCCCAAAUAACUUUACACAGGUUGUGGUUACAGUGAAUGAUAUUCCAGCAAACUGUUCUGGUUCAUGUACAUUUCAACAUCUCUGGGAAUUGACCCCUUUGGUCAGUAAUGUUGAAUACUUUAUAGAUGAUGGAGUUCAUACCGUCAUUAAUAUCACAGGUUCUGGCCUGAGUUCAGAUAGUAGUUCUUUGCUCAUAGAAGUGAACCACACACACUGUGAAGUCCUGAGUUCAAAUCACACUAAUGCCGUUUGCCAGAUGAACUUGUUGCCGGUUGGCUUGUAUAAGCUGACAGUACUGGUCAGACCCCAUGGAUUUGCAGUCAAUGCCAGUAGAAAAGGUGACAUCUUCCUGAGGAUUUUGCCUAGAUUGACUGCUGUUGAACCUCCUACUGCUUCAGAGAUUGGAGGGAUUCCAGUAAUCAUCAAGGGUUCUGGCUUAGAUGGGAUAAUCUUGGUGCAAUUUGGUUCCCAACCCUGUCCAAUUAAUGCCGAUACCAGCAAUUCAAUGAAAAUUGAAUGCAGGCUUCCUCCUCGGAGUGGAGAAGACUAUACUGCCCAUCUCAUGCUGGUUAAUGAGCACGGGCCUGUGGUCUUUGCCAAUGCAUUCAUAUAUGAUCCAUCACUAAAUCCACUCAUAUUGUCACUGAGCAGAAACAGAAGCAGCACAGCAGGGGGUCAGGUGCUCCACAUAGGAAUAUCAUCCCUCACCAAUUAUACGUGUCUGGACGUGCAGUUCAGAAUUCAGGAGUCUGUGGGACAAAUCCAAGCGCUAUCAGAUCAUGGAAUCAGUGUGGUACUGCCUUCUCUGACAAAUGGAUUAUACAGCUUUUCUGUCAUUUUCAAUAAUGUCUCACUAGGCACUAGCGGAGUGGAGCCAUUAAUCCAGUAUGUCACAGAGAUCUUCAAAAUGGAGCCAUGUUGUGGUUCCUUGCUGGGUGGGACAUUGCUCACAAUCUCUGGAACAGGCUUUAGCAACAGCCCAGACAUGGUCUCAGUCUUGGUAGACUCACAGUUUUGUCCCAUUACCAGCGUGAACGAUGGGAGGAUUUUGUGUCAGACUCCACCUGUCACUCAGCUAGCCAAUGCCACCUUAGAAGACUUUCCAGCGCAAGUGGAGGUGCUCAUAGGCAACAGGUCAUUUGUGGACACACCUGCCUUGAGUUUCUCAAAGGAGAACGUCAACUUUCUUUACAAAAUGUCUUUGACUCCAGAUAUUACAGAUAUUAGAGUAGAAAUGCUGAAUGAUAGUGUACGGCUGAGCAUAAAAGGGACCAAUGUGACCAUUUCAGUGGCUAUGCUGGGAGAUGAGGAAUGCCAGCUUGAGGUGGAGAACACCAACCACUCUGCAGCUGGCUUUCAGUGCUCUGUACCCCUAAGCACACUAGAACCCGGACAGUAUCUUUUAAGAAUUCUGCAGAAGCAGGCGGGCUAUGCCAACAUACCAGCAGAGAUGCAGCAUGUAACGGUACGCCCCCUGAUAAAGAUGAUUUUUCCAUCUCAUGGCUCCAUAUGUGGGGGGCAGUUGCUCACCAUAUCUGGCGUUUCUUUAAAAUCGUGGACAAAUUCAGCUUGGGUGAAUCUAACAGGCAACUUCACCUGUGAGAUCCAGAGUUCAAACGACAGCCUCAUAAAAUGCGCCCUUUCCCCAGGUGACCCUGUUCUGAAUGACUGGCAGCUGCGUGGUGCAUCUCAAGUCCUUAGCGUCACAGUGACUGUGAAUGGGAUCACUAGCCACUGCCUGGGGGGCUGCUCACUUCAUCUUCUUGAAGACCUGACCCUUGUUAUUGAUGCCGUGACCAUGACGUGGAACGGGAGGCUCGCUUACUUGUUGAUCAGAGGCCAGCGGUUAGAUAGAGCAGGGGAUGAAACCUUGGUAGAGGUGGAUGGUCAUCUCCCUUGCAAUGUCAUAGCUUUGAAUGAAACCUGGAUCAAGUGCCAGGCAGGCAGCCUUGACGCUGGAGAACACAGCAUUUCUGUGCUGAGCAGAAGCUGGGGUCGAGCGUGCCUGAGGCAGAAAGGCGCCAGCAUUUUCAGAGUUGUUCCCCACGUCCUCCAAUUUUACCCCCAGAAUUUCAGCGUCAACGGCAGAGGCCUUCUCACACUCGACGGCCUAGCAUUACGAGGCAGGAACGAGACCUCCAUUCUCAUAGGAGAGCUCCACUGUCCCCUUACCAGUGUCACAUACUGGGCUCUUCGGUGCCUCACCCCUCCAGGCACUGGGGUUGCCACAGUGCAGCUGAACAUAGAUGGCGCCUUGUACCAUAUUGGGGAAAUAAACUACAGCGAAGAUUCCACACCUGUCUUUCUUUCCCUUCUACCUUCUGUGAAUCAGCAUCUGACAAUCAGGGUGUCACGGAUCCGGCGGACAGAAGACAUGUAUGUUUUCAUUGGAUGCUCUCCCUGUGCCAAUGUUGUUGGCAACAACACAACUUUGAGCUGCACACUCCCUCAGCUUCCCGCUGGGGAAUAUAACAUCACAGGCGGAGAUGCCCUCCAAGGCUUGGCUUCCUCCCAUUUGGUGUUCCCUUCUGUCCUGAUGGUUAUGUCUGUGAACAACGGCUUUGGUUGCCUAGGUGGUGGAGAAAUACACAUACAUGGGACUGGAUUCUCUCCAGGAAAUACUUCCGUUACCAUCUGUGGUGCUGUCUGUGAGAUGCUGGAUGUCACACCAACUGAUCUGCGAUGCUUAGCCCAACCCUUGAAUGCUUCCAUAGCAGUUCUGUGCAGCUUGAGAUGCUCUUUGGAAGAGAAGGGAGAUGACUGGAAGCAGCCAGGUGCAGCUCUGAUCCAGUGUGACAUCCGAAUCAGAGCAAGCGCGUCUGUUGUGACGGCAGCCACGCCGUACCGAUACCUUUGUGACGAUUCAACGUGUUCCUCUUCGCUGCCUUGCAAGGCUGCUGUCAACUCAUCUGGCAUCCAUUUUGCUGGCCUUUUUAUCAGCCCUAAAGUGGAAAGAGAUGAAGUUCUCAUCUAUAAUAGCUCCUGUAACAUUACCAUGGAAACUGAGGCAGAGAUGGAGUGUGAGGAACCUAAUCAGCCAAUUACCGCCAAGAUUACUGAGAUAUGGAAAGAGCGGGGCCAGAACACUCAGAGCACCUUCCCUCUUAAAUUUUGUGGACUCUGGUCAAAGAACAUCAGCUGGCUUACUGGGCACCAACCACAAGAUGGCGAUAAUGUCACAGUAGAAAGAGGCCAGACUUUGUUCUUGGAUACAAGCACAAGCAUCCUUAACUUGCUUCAUGUCAAAGGAGGCAAGCUUGUGUUUGUUGGCCCUGGGCCAAUAGAGCUCCAUGCUCAUUACAUUCUGGUGUCAGAUGGAGGAGAACUUCGGGUUGGCUCUCCUGGUCAGCCUUUCUGUGGCAAAGCCCAGCUCCACCUCCAGGGCAGUUUGCACUCUCCAGCAUCCUUUCCAUAUGGGGCCAAAUUUCUGGCUGUGAGGAACGGAACCCUUUCCAUGCACGGUUGUGUCCCUAAAGUGACAGUCACACACUUGAAAUCAGCCGCACGUCCCAAUGAUACAAAAUUAGUUCUGGUGGAUCAUGUGGACUGGAAACCUGGAGAUGAAGUUGUUAUAUGUGGAGGAGGGCCUAGAAGUGCCCAGAAACAAGAGGAAGUCGUGACUGUCAAGACUGUAAAUGGCACAGAACUCUAUGUUUCAUCUCCUCUCAGGUAUCCUCAUGGUAUUGCUGAAGAACAGGUGUCUGGAGAGCACCAUGUUUUCAGAGCUCUUGUGGCAUUGGUCAGUCGGAGUGUGGUCAUCCAUGGAAAUGUCACCACGGAAAGGGCUUCCCACCUGCAGCAGUGCAAAGAAGCAGAUAUUUCAGGAGACGUCUCAGACUGUUUCUACAAGAAAAGUGAGAGGAAACUUGGAUCGCGGGAUAUGGGGGCUGUUGUCAUUGUGCAGGCCUACAGUGGUGAAGAGACUCAGCUUCAUUUAGAUGGUGUACAGUUCCGGCAUGUAGGCCAAGCUUUCCAGAAGCAUCUCAGUGCACUGACCAUUGCUGGAAAUGCCCACAUGACUAAUUCUUAUUUUCGAAACUGUGCUGUAUUAGAUUCUUUUGCUCGUGGAAUUAGCCUGCAUGGGGUGUCAGAUUUCAGGGUGGAAAACAACAUUUUUUACAACAUUAUGGGCCAUGGAGUUAGAGUGGGAGAUUCGCUGGAUCAAAAUAACUUAUUAUGGCACAAUACAGUUAUUGGGCUUUCUGGAACUGAUGGGCUUUCCAGUGUUGAAACCUUGUCACCUGCUGGAUUCUACAUCCAGGCUCCUGAUGAUUCGAUAGAGGGUAACACAGUGUGUGCUGCGGGACAUGGCUAUUUUUUCCACCUUUCUCCUUCAGGACCAUCAGAGGCUCCAGUUCUGUCCUUCAGUAAGAAUCGAGCCUAUUCUUGCACAAGCUUUGGACUCCUAAUAUACCCAGAAUAUCAUCCUCAAAGAGCAAACACCACAUUGCCUGUUACAUUCGAAACCUUCACAGCCUGGCAAUGUGAAGGUGGAGUUAAGAUUAUUAACUGUAGCAACCUACAGCUUUGGAGCUUCCACAUCUCGUCUUGCAAAUAUUUUGGAAUUGACAUUGUGGAAAGUCUUGGAAACACCUCUGUUGCCAAUAGUUUACUACUUGGUCACUUGCAUGAGAAGGAUGGGACUUGUAUGCAGGCAGGACUGAAAACUCCCAAAAGGCAUGAACUAUUGAUUUCAAAUACAACCUUUAUGAAUUUUGACAUUCCCAAUUGCACUGCAAUCGCCACCUGUUCUGGUUGUUACCGAGGUCAAGGCGGAUUUGCUGUGAGGUCUGAACAAGUGCUACUUCUAAAUGCCCCAAAUUGGAUAUUGUUCCCAUUUCCUCAUUGUGCGAUUCUUAAAGAUCUAGAUGGCACAAUCACAGGGCAAAGGGGGAGCUUUCUUCUCCCUUCUGUGGAUACGCUUCCAGAUUCCUGCUUGCCGAGUGUCAAUGCCAGUCAAGUUGCCAGUGGCAGUCUUUGCCAUGGAAAUGUUACUUUCCACCGUAUGUCUAUUGGCCUAAAGGCCCCGAUCUGUCCUUAUAAUUUAAAAGUGACUGAUAGUCGCAAUAAGACAACCAUGGUCAGUUAUGUCUCUGACACUCUGUCAAAUGCAAAUGGCUGGAUGGUUCUUCUUUUGGAUCAGGAGACUUACAGUCUGUCAUUCGACAACCCUCUGCUGAGUGAAAACCUGCAGUAUAUUGCUACGUUCGAUAAUUUCACAGUUGGGAAUUAUUUAUUGCUGGAACAUGAAGUCCGAUCAUCCCACAUCAAUGUUACAGUGACCUGUGGUACACGGAAAGGAUCGCCACUCCUGUUGUUACCUUCACAUAAGCACAAUAAAGGCUGUGACUGGUUUUUCAACAGGGAAAGAAGGAAGUUAACUUAUUUAGUUACAGGUCAAGGCCCAAUCCAAGUGGCAUUCCAAGCAGAAGUCACACUCCCUUUACCAGGGCCCGAUCCAGUUCCUCCUCCUCCACCACCCCCACCUCUUCUGAGAUGGUCUCUUUCUGAGUCUUGGGAUGGUGUGACAAAGGGCUGGGGUGGCUACAAUAAGAGCAUACCAUCAACUGGUCAAGACGUCAUCAUUUUGCCUGGCAGAAGCAUCUUUGUGGAUACAACUCUUCCUCGUGUACGAGGCCUCUAUAUCCAGGGCACACUGGAAUUCCCAUCAAAUUCCAGCAAUGUACUUAGCGCAGCCUGUAUUGUGAUUGCUGGCGGUGAACUGAGAGUGGGUACUUUGCAGCAUCCAUUGGAAAGAGGAAGAAAGGUGCAAAUUCUGCUUCGUGCAUCUGAGAGAGUUUAUUGUGAUCGAUUACAUGGCUUAAGUGCUGAUCCUGGAACCAUUGGUGUUUAUGGGAAGCUGCAGAUGCAUAGUGCUUAUACCCAGAAGUCUUGGACAUACCUUGGAAGUGAAGCUGCCCCUGGCAAUGAAAGGAUUAUGGUACAAGACGAAUUGGACUGGCAUUAUGGAGACAAUAUUGUCAUCAGUUCGUCUUCCUAUGAAGCUCAUCAGGCUGAAAUAGUCACUUUGGAGGAAGUCAACCAUCGUAGCCUUAGAAUCCAUGAACGUCUGCUCCACAGACACACAGGACAAUCCCACAGAUUAGAAAAUGGACAAUGGAUUCCUCUGGCUGCAGAGAUUGGCCUUCUCACAAGAAAUAUACAAAUUAAAUCUGACAUGGAUUGUACUGGGGCGAUCUUAGUGGGACACCAUGCCAGUGGAGCCCAGUAUGCAGGUAUCUUCCAGCUUUCUAAUGUUGAGAUUUUGGGUCUUGGAUCUUCACAGUCUCCAGCAGUUGGCAUCAGGAACGCAUCCCAUGAAUCUUUCAUAAUCUCCUCCAGCGUUCACCAAAGCUGUGGAGCUGGCAUUCAGGCGCUUGCAAGCAGCGGGCUCCUAUUACACGGCAACGUGGUAUUUGGAACCGUUGGUCACGGCAUACAUUUGGAAGGCCAAAAUCAUACCCUUACCAGGAAUCUUGUUAUUCUGAGCAAACAGCCGGGGCAAUCAGUACACUGGGUGACUGGCAUCAAAACAAAUGCUGUAGAUGGUACCCGCCUACAGAACAAUGUUGUAGCCGGAUCAGAACGGAUAGCCUUUCAUAUCAAAGGGCAAGAAUGUUUCUUACCUGAGACACUUUGCACUGACAAUGUGGCUCAUUCAAGCCUUCACGGGAUACAUUUAUACAGAGGAGAUGGCUUUCCAAACUGCACCAAAAUCACAGGCUUUCUGUCCUACAAGAACUAUGACUAUGGGAUCAUGUUUCAUCUUAAAGGGAACAUAGUGGUAGAGAAAGUGAUACUAGUAGACAAUGUUGUGGGUCUCCUGCCAGUCCUUUACAGCCCACCUGCUGAUCUUCAGUCCCACCUGGAAAGGAGGCAGUCCAUCAUACUACGAGACUCUGUCCUUGUGGCCACAAGCUCUUCCUUUGAUUGCAUCAAGGACAGAAUCCAACCUCUUGCAGCUGACUUGACAAGUACUGAUCGAGCUCCACGUAAUCCUUGGAGGGGUCGAGUUGGCAUACUGUGGCCUUCUUUCACCUCUGAUCAUAGCUGGUGGCCUGACAGCCCAUGGCAUAAAAUGAGAAAUUAUUCCGUAGUGCUGGGAAUCAUGAUGUUACAAGAUGUCAUCUUUGCUGGCUUUAGGAAAACUUGCUACAGUGACGACAGAGACAUCUGCAUUAUGACAAAUCCUGACAGUGCAGGCAUUCUGCAUCUGGUCACAUCCAAAAGGGCAAGCAUUUUCCAUGUCAGUGAAGAAAAUAUGUUCUACUUCCAUCCACUGCAAAAUAGAGAAAAUGAAUCAAAUGAAUCAUGUGUUGCUGUGAUCUGUGGGAGCUCAGGAAAAGCUCUUUUCAAAGAUUUGGAUGGAAGUGCCUUGAGACUGAAUCCACCUGUGUCUGUCUUCCCCAAAUCAGAGUUUGAAACAGAACAACCAUGUUUGGAUGCUGGAAGAAAUGAUGCCCCUGAACUUGCUCAACAGCUCCUUCUCUUGUAUCUAGCAAGCCUUCCUCAUCACCAGUUCCUUUCCCCCAGCCUUCUCAAAGGCAUUUACAGAGAAGACAGAAAGUGCAUCUACAAACCAUCAUCAAAUGUGUAUUUCUGUAAAGAAACAUACUAUGCAGUGGUGAUUUUAGAAAGUACAGGUGCCGAUGCCAGUAACUGGAAGCCCUCUCCACCCGUGCUGGUGACCGACACCUUCAUUGAUACCUUCAGCGAAGCCACUUCAUGGGGAUCCUGCUGUGCCACAGAGCAUUCAUCAACAUUUUACUCAAUAUUGCCAUUGAGCAAGCUCUCAAAAAUUUGUUUUAAUGGUCCAGUGCCUUGGUCACUAAGACUCUAUUUAAAUAGUGGUCACAACGCUACAAGGAUUCUCUUAGCUAUCUUUUACGAUCAGCCACGAAGCUUCCGUGUUUUUGUUAAAGGGAACUAUAUGCCACCAGUUUUGUCGUUUCCCAGACCUUCUUUGGCAAAUGCUGUAAUGGGAACCAAUUACUUCAGUUUUCAUGAGAAUCUUCUGUAUGUUGCCAUUCAUUGGGAUGAACCUAUUGAAAUACACACAUAUAAUUCUCUUCAUGUUGCUUUCACUAUAGCAGAGGCUGAGGCAGCGGUGAUUCAAAGACUGGCUAUUUUUUUACAGAUUGGGUGGGACCAAGUCAGAACAGUCCUCAACUCAUCUGGAAGUGAGAGCACCUUAAAUACCAUAGCAGACAAUGCUGCAAAGAGGAAAUACCAGUGCCCUCCUAUGAAGUCAUGUGUGUUCAUUCAUCAUAGAGCUAGCCAACAGAAAACCCAAACAGGUUCAUCAAUCUUUGGGGGCUUGCUGCCACCCCAUUCAUCCACUGGUUUGAGAGUGGUGGUCCUUGAAAUAAGUGAUCCAUUACACUUCCAGAGGUACAAGCUUGCCUCCUCGUUUUCUGGUGACAGAUUGACAAGUUUGGCCAAUACUCUUAUCAAUGCCCAACAGACUGGUGAACUUCAGCAUGCCCUCAAAAUACCACUUGAUACCCUUGUGGUGAUGGUUUCUGCCACCUCAGUUCCAGCAGAGGGAAGUUCUAGAAAUGGAAGCAGCCAGACUCCAGGAAGUUGCCUCUAUGUCAGGCCUUAUAACAUCUCUGUCCGGAUCCAGCCUGCUAAUGGGGUGACGGAAAGCCCCCUUCCCAGGCAACCACAGGUCAUCUUCCUGGAUAAGCAGGGUCGAAGAGUGGCCACAGUAGGCUUCCCCUCCAAACCGUGGGUUGUGACAGCCUUUCUGAAAGACAGUCCAGAGGCUGUGCUGAAAGGUGACACAAGGAUAAAGGUCCAAGAUGGAAAGGCUGCCUUUCAAAACCUGGUGGUCUCUGGUUCCUGCUCAGGUUGUUACCUCUUUUUCAAAGUGACUUCUCCUCCAGGUGCUAUAUUAUCUGUCAGAUCCAAUUCUUUUACUAUAUACCCCAUUACUGUGACCGAAAAAUCAGCCAUAAUCUUCACUGCUGCACUGGGUUCGGCAGCCUCUCUGCUUGUUUUGGGAUCUGUUGUUAUCUGUUGGUCCAAGAAAACAAGAAGGAACAAAAACAGGAUCAGAAAACCUUUGAAGAAUCAGAAGAAUAAGAAGCAUGCCCAUAUUCAGGCAAAUCAGCAGAUACUUCAUGCCCAACCCUGCUUCAUCCAGGAGGAGAAUAAACACAACAUUACUGGUAGGAGAGAAGACCUGAAGCUGCAUGAAGAACAUGAAGACACAGCGGAACCAUUAAGGAAGAGCCAUCAACAAGCAUUUAACAGCACAGCAGUGGGAGCAGUAAACAGGACCAAGCAAGGCCGUCGGUCCCACACUGGAACAUCCACAUGGGGGUCUCUGGAACUUCAGCAGCUGAGCAUCAAGGAGCUUAACGACUGGAAGGAUACCAAGCAACAUUUCUCGGACUAUGCUCAGCAGAAGGAAACGAAGAAAGGGCAAUUCACAGAUAAAAGAUAUAAAAGACCCUCAGAGAAGCCUGCCCUGAGGUCAGGAGGGGAUGUGAGGGAGAAACAGCAAGUUGCAGUACCAUAAUAAUAAACUAGUUCCUGGGAUAGGAUUCAUGAUAAAUAAUAUGGAAGUUAAGAAAUAAAUGUGCUUUAAAAACUCGAA